AUGUCGUCUCCAAGGGUGUGGUUCAUGACCGGUUGCUCGACGGGGUUUGGUCGCCUCAUGACUGAACUCGUGCUCGAGCGCGGAGAUGUUGCAGUCAGCACCGCCAGAAAGCCCGAAGUCCUCGCAGGAUUGGCCGCCAUUUAUCCAGAAGAUCGAUUGCUCAUUCUCAAACUCGAUGCAGAGAGAAGGUUCGGUCGCAUCGACGUCGUCUUCAACAAUGCCAGGUUCGGUAUACUUGGCGAGCUGGAAGGGAUUCCUGAAAACACCGCUCGCGGAUUGUUUGACGUCAAUUUCUGGGGCGCAGUGAAUGUGAGCAAGGAGGCGAUCAGAGUCUUCCGCGAGGUCAACAGACCUCAAGGUGGAAGACUUCUGCAGAUGUCGUCCAUGUACGGUGUUGAAGCCAAUCCGCCCUUUGGGAUCUAUAGUGCUGCGAAAUUCGCGUUGGAAGGCUUCACGGAAUCACUCGCCGCAGAGAUUGAUCCGAAGUGGGAAAUCAAGAUUACCCUCUUGGAGCCUGGAUUUUUCAAGACGAACCUGCGAGCCAACGCGGUCGAGAUGGAGCCGCAUCCCGCUUACACACGUCAUCGUCUGCUAUCAGCUACCCGCCUUGCUGCCAGUGGCGAGGUAUUCCACAGGGACCCAAAGAAUGCCGUCGCUGCUAUGUAUCGCCUUGUGUCUCUUCCUGACCCGCCACUGCAUUUCCCAUUGGGAGAGGACGCCAUAGUGCUGAAGUCGCGCUUCAAAACGGAGAAGUCGCAGUCAGCACGCUCGGGAAACCAGACAACCUCGUCGAUCUUGCUCGUGAAUACACGGGAGAAUGUCCUCAAUGUCGCAAUCUGGCGGCGUAGCGACGAGCGCCGCGGCGGAACGGACCGAAUAGAGCCCGACCCGGGGCUAAAUAGUAUGCGUGUGUCUGACUUUAAUAUUACACGUUCGGUCGGAUUCGGCAGCAAGCGACUCACUGAAACAUUUAAGUGCUUCGAUCAUAUUCAACACUCAUUAAACGAAUUCGCGCCGGUUAUUGAAAGGCGAUUCCAUAAUGCAAUCAAGGCUGUCGUCAAAACUAAGGGUAUGAUCACCUUUCGAGGAAAAAGGAAGCUAGGUUGCAUGCGAAAAUGGAUGGGUAAAAGACGUGGUCGGAAAAACUGGAGAAAGUCGAAGGAACUUACAUUCAUUCGGUUCACUUCGCUGCAGCUCAGACGACAACUUCGCUGGGAUGGGGUGAAUGCGACGCUCCGAAAUCCUGAGUUUCGACGCGUCAGUCUGCCCGCGGAGGUUAUCACUGAAGAGAAUGAUCGCAUAGUGGUUUUCGACGUGCAACACAGCCACUGCUGA